AUGGCGGCGGAGAUGAGUGGUCAUGUUGGUCGUGUUGCCCGUGAUGUGAGCAGGAAGACCAAGAAGAAGGAAGGAGGAGCUAAACGAGCUCAGAGAGCUUCAUCCAACGUUUUCUCCAUAUUUGAACAAAUGCAGAUCCAAGAAUUCAAAGAGGCCUUCACUCUGAUCGAUCAGAACCGUGAUGGAUUCAUUGACCAGGAGGACCUGAAGGACACGUACGCCUCUCUGGGGAAGCUGAAUGUGAAGGACGGAGAGCUGGAGGAGAUGUUGAAGGAAGCCAUCAACUUCACCAUGUUCCUCAACCUGUUUGGAGAGAAGCUUCACGGUGAGGAUUUAGAUGAAUGAUUUAGAACUUCAGAGACCUUCAGCAGAGGUUCAGAACAUCAACCUGCUGAACUUCUUUUCCUCAUUAAUUAAUCAAAACCACCUUCCUUUGUCCGGCUGCAGGUGAAGCAGAUGUUUGAGUCGUCCAACAUCGACGCUGCAGGAAAACUGGAUUAUAAAUCUCUGUGUUACAUCAUCACACACGGAGAGGAGCAGCAGGAUUUACUGCAGGCAGUGUACUGGAGCGGUGCUGUUGUGGAACUUAAUGAUCCUGAAGCUGCUGCAGAACCCGAACACUGGUCUGUUGUCACGGUAACAGAACUUCUGUCCAUCAGUGGGAUGGUUUUAAACCAGACUCAGGACCAGGACCAGAACCAGAUCCACUCUGUCGAGUCUAAAGUCUGA